AUGAGAUCAUCUCUGACGUUUGCUAUAAUCUCAUCAGUAGGAAGGACUUUGGAGGAACCGGUUCACCUCAAAGAUGAUGUAUUCAGCGUCAGGUACGAUAUCACCGUACCCAAGGAGAUCUUCACAGAGCCCAUCCAGCUAUUUGUCACGGUGCCUCCGUCCGACGUGCAUCAUCAUCUUGGCCGGUUUCUCUUGGCAGGCGAUGGGGCCGAUAUCACCUUCAAGGUUGAUGGGGAGACUUUCGCUGCACACAGGCGCGUGCUAGCUGCCCGGUCCUGUGUCUUCACGGCGGAGCUCUUUGGUCCUAUGAGGGAGAAGACCACAACUUGUGUACAUAUAAAGGACAUGGAAGCUAAGGUCUUCAAGGCCAUGCUCCACUUCAUCUACUCAGACUCGCUGCCGCAUAUCGACGACGCCAACUCGAUUGGGAUGGCUCAACAUCUGCUUGUAGCCGCGGACAGGUAUAACCUUGAGAGGCUGAAGCUGAUAUGCGUUCAGAAGCUGUGCAACAACAUGGACACAAGCAUGGCGGCGACAACCUUAGCAUUGGCUAAGCAGCAUGGAUGCCGCGGGCUGAAGGAAGAAGUAUGCUUCAAGUUCCUUGGAUCCGCAGGCAAUAUUCUGAAGGCGGUCAUGGUGAGCGAUGGAUUUGAGCAUCUGAGGAGCAGCUGUCCCUCUGUUCUCAAGGAGCUUCUGGCCAAACUUGCUCCCUGA